GCGGCGGUUGCAGCGGCGCGGGGGCACCGGGCCGGGACCGGUGUCCGUGUCCGUGUCCGUGUCCGUGUCCGUGUCCGUGUCCGUGUCCGUGUCCGUGUCCGAGCCGCCAUGGGUUCGGUGCAGCAGCGCCUACAGCGCUUCCUCGACCGCCCCGGGCCGCUCGGUGACCUGCUGGGUCGUCUGGAGGCCCGCACCGGCGUCCAACGGCUCUACCUGGCCACAGGCUCCAUGUCGUUCCUGGGGCUGUACCUCAUGUUUGGCUACGGGGCCUCACUGCUCUGCAACCUCAUCGGCUUCGCCUACCCUGCCUAUGUCUCCAUCAAAGCCAUUGAGAGCUCCAACAAGGAGGAUGACACCACAUGGCUGACGUACUGGGUGGUCUACGGCGUCUUCAGCAUAGCUGAGUUCUUCUCUGACAUCUUCCUUUACUGGUUCCCCUUCUACUAUGCUGUGAAGUGCCUGUUCCUGCUGUGGUGCAUGGCCCCCGUCUCCUGGAACGGCUCCCAGGUUCUGUACCACAGCCUCAUCCGACCCUGCUUCCUGCGGCACCACCACACCGUGGACACUGUCCUGGGCACCCUCAGCACCAAAGCCCUGGAUGCAGCUUCCACCCUCACCCGAGAAGCCUCCAGAGAAGCCUUGACCACGGCCAAAGAAGCGGAGAAGAGCAAGUGAGAAGGCUCUCCGGUGUCCCCGUGACCGUCUCCCCGCGCCCCGUCGUUCUUUCCCCGCAAUAAACUGCCGGGGGACCCCCCCUCCCCCCCUACACGGUGUUC